GGGGUCAACCAAAUGACACCUAAAAACAACUCACCUGACCCCAGUUGACCACUGACUGUAGCAGAGAGCAGACGUGUCUAGAAUAUUUUCUAAGUUUUUGAUUAUUAAAAUCAGAAUAUUGAUUACUCUUUUCUACCAAGGGAAUGUUCUAGUGUGACGUAAGCGUGUAUAGAAGCCCCGUGAUGCCGCCCCGCCGUGUAUGCUCCGCAUCUGCCGGUUUACGCGUCUCACUCUCCGACUCCAACAACAGUUUUGGCAAACGUGUGGACUGGAAUACAGUGGAACCUCCUACCCGGAGUAAUAUUCGUUCUAACCUCGUGAAAUCAGUUCGGUUCGUAGAACCUACAGAUAAUGAUAACAGUGUAAAUGAAAGGCUAGAAUCUGAUGUGGAUAACAUGGAAGCGUUGUACGCAACUGUUUGUAAACGGAAUAGUCCGUCAAAAGAGCGCGGAGUAAUUCCACAAGUUCCGUUAAAUAUUCAACCCGGAAAAUACGGAAACAUGGAAGGAGACAAAGGUUUCCGUCCAUACAGACAUCUCAGACAAAAUACAGAAUUGUCUCUAAGUUCAUAUAAGGGUGAAUACUGUCCCGAGAUCCUUCAACGGCAGAUGCAAGUGUUGGAGAACAGAUACGGCGGAAGAUAUACGGCGCAUAGAGCCGCCACGGUUAUACAGUCCUACUGGAGAGAUUAUAUCCUUAGGAGUAAAUUUUCACGGGUUCUUAAUCUUGCGAAGACGAUCGAAAAUCCUUCUUUCAGACGGAGAAGUAUAUUUGCUGAGACGGAUGAUCUUCAUAUCUCCGAGGUUGAGAUUAAUGUAGAUUCUGGAGAUGUCGUUCAGGUUCAGAAUGAUUUAGGACUAAGCCCUGCAGCUCGGCAUAUUAACAAUAGAAGAAGAGGAACUGUAAACAGAUCCUCUUCUCUCCGGGACCAUAGAAGAUCUGGCUCCUGGAGCGGAUUUGAGCCUAUUGAGAGACCCGGAGAAAAACCAUGUUACUGUGGGAGAGAGGAGCAAGAUGGCAAGGUUGAGCAUGCUAGAUCUAGCUCAGGGCAAGAUCUUGGUUCCAGUUCCAGGCCCAGGACUGCUGCAGAUCUUCAGAACAAGAUGAAUCAGAAUAGAGAUGAGACCAGGCAGUUUUAUCGUCCUCCAGCCUCACCUACAGGUUCUCCUGUACCCCCCUGUCCUCCCCUGAGAGGAGAGGAUUUCUAUCCUGAUCCUGAACCUGUCUAUCUCGCUAGAGACUCUCUUUAUUGUUCAGUUAGACGUCCUCGACGCCUCCCUCCCCGUCCACCACAGAGGACGGUUUCAUUCCUGGGUUCGGAGCAGCAAACCUCUCCGGAGUCUCGUCUAAUCUCCUUGUCAGAUUCCAUCCUACCCAGAGCAAACCCAGUCAAUCCGUCUUGUGAAAACCGGGUUAAAGAGCAAAAUUUACAUCUCCGAUCUAUCUCUAGUCCCAACCAGGGGGUGUGUAAAGCUCCAAUGAGAAAUGAAAGCAGUGCCAAGUGUUCUCCGCUCCCCCCUCCGCCUUAUAUACCUCCACCUCAUAUCAAAAACAGUUCUGAGCCUCUUCCGCCUCCGCCAACAGAUAUGCUUCUACCCCGUCUUCCUUGUGACAGUGUUUCUUCCAUAGACAGCGGAUUCAGAUCAUCUUGCUCCGAGAGUACCUCAAGUACAGAGACGGAAUCCGUCCCAUCUACUCCUCAUCAGGUUUUUACUGAGAUUCCUGAGGAUCCCUAUAGCUAUUGGGUGAGCUCUCCAACCUUCCUGACUAGUCCGGAGUCAGCCCAUUUCUACAGGUCUACAGUUAUACCCAGAGACGUCUCAGAUUUAUCCCCCUGCAAUGCUCCAAACUGUUGUUGUGAUAAAUCUAAAUCUAAAAUUUACGAAACCUAUCAGGAUAUUUAUGGUUCGAUCAAUAAUUCAUCACAUGAACAUUUAACCAGAGGAUCCAGGUUCCCCUCGGACCAAUUUUAUGGUUCCAGGGCCCCUGUGGAGCAGAACAAAUUAAAGAAAACUGUUCGUAUCCAGCUGCCAGCUUCAGACCAGGAGAAUGAGACAGAGGAUGAUGAAACUGUAAGAAGAAGAUAUUACAGGGUAGGUCUCAACCUGUUCAACACCAACCCGGACCGAGGAAUCAAUUAUCUCUCUAAGAGGGAUUUUAUAGAGUUAACCCCUCCUGCAGUUGCCAAGUUUCUGAUAGGACGGAAAGGAUUGUCCAAGAAAAUGGUCGGAGAGUAUAUUUGCAAUUUGCAGAAACCAUUCAACUUGGCAGUAUUGCAUUGUAUGAUUUACGACAUGGAUUUCUCCGGUCUGCAUCUAGAUAUUGCACUUCGACAGCUUCUCUCAGAGGUUCAUAUACCCGGAGAAGCACAGAAGAUUGAAAAACUGGUCGAGGUGUUCUCCAGGAGGUAUAUUGAGUGCAACCAGAUGUUUGUAUCUGGGUUUAACUCUCCUGAUACUAUCUUCAUCCUGAGCUACGCUAUGGUGCUCCUCAACACCGACCUACACAACAACUCCAUCAAACCGGAGCGGAAAAUGCGCCAGGAUGGAUUUCUCCGAAAUCUGCGAGGGAUCGACAACGGAGCAGAUGUGGAUCCGGAUAUGCUCAGAGGGAUCUACGACCGGAUCAAGACUACAGAGUUUAAGGAAGGCCCGGAUCAUGUAUCCCAGGUGAGCCGGGUUCAAGAGACUAUAACUGGAUCAAAGAGACCUAAACUGAACACAACCUGGAGAAGGUUGGUUUGCUUCUGCAGGGUUGCUGAGGUCGGAGAUAUGCACAGGAAGGAGAAGAAGGAUGCUCACCAGCGUGGUAUAUUUCUCUUCAACGAUCUUCUUGUAGUUACCAAGACGGAGAAGAGUCGGAAAAAGCAGAUUCAUCAGUUUAGGAGCAGUGUAAACCUGGCAGGACUCAGAGUAAACAUGUUCAGAACUACUCAUCAUCAGUUCGGAGUUCAGCUGCAGGAGAAGUUAAACGGCAGGAUGGCUGCAACCUUCUCUUGCCGGUCAUACAACGAUCAGCAGAGGUUUGUUGGAGAUCUACAGGAGAGUAUUGCAGAGGUGGAGGAGAUGGAGAGAGCAAGAUUGUUUCUUUAAUAACUCCGGGUACCCUUGAUACCACUUUAAACCCUGUAUCUCCAGGUUCCCUUGAUACCAAUACAACCCCUUUUAUCUCCAGGCUCCCAGGAAACUACUUUAAACCCUGUAUCUCCAGGUUCCCUUUACACCACUAAAAAGUCUGUAUAUCCAGGUUCCCAUGAUACCACUAUAAACCCUGUAUCUCCAGGUUCCUUUGAAACCACUAUAAACCCUGUGAUAGCCAGAAAAAAGAACAAAUUGAAAUUAUUAGUGACGCAAAGAUGAAAGUUAUUGCCCCAGAUUUUUAUGUAUUUUUCAAAGUUAAUAAAUUUGUAUAUCAUUAUA